AUGGAAGAAAUGAUGGGUGAAUCGACCAGAAGAGAAGGAAAUGUAUCAUACGUAUGGUCCAUGGCUUUGACACAAAAUAUGAUAGCAUCUUCGACAGCACUAGAUCACGAAAUUCAGAUUUACAACACGCAAGUCGAUUAUAUUUCCUUGCUAUUGACAACGGGACAUGACAGCGCGUCUUGCUUCACACCAGCUCUACCCUGCACUGUUCCAAUAGAUGCGCAGCAAUACAUACUGCCACAUCCUUUGUCGUCAAAUUCAUGUGUCACAAAUCCUUCGAAACACUGCGAAAGUACGAAGAAAGAAAUUCAACCUACAAAUCCUUGUAAAUUAAUUGCUUCUACUACGCCGCUAGUUAUAUCCUCUAAGAAUAAGCUUGGACGACCAUACAAUCCUGGUCGACCACUUGCGAUGGAAGAAAGACAAAAAAUUCUGCAGCUCUACGAAAAGGGUCACAGAAUAAGCCAUAUUGCUCGCAUUAUUGGUGUAACACACAGUUGUGUUUCGAAAAUCAUGACAAGAUAUCGACGUACAGGCUCCAUGCAACCGCGCUCCACAUUUUCCACGACGAAGAAAAACGUAGGUUGCAGCAGUGAUAUCAAUGCUGAAUCAGUCCCGAAUAACAAUUAUCAGGAAGUAUGCAGAAGCUGUAGUGUUGGUGCUACGCUAAAUGGUGCUAGUCGACCGGUUAAAUCUUACUUAAUUCAAAGCAUACUAUGCGAUAGAUGA